AUGGCGUCGUGGUUGCAAGCUCUGUUGAACGUGACGGACUUCUUCACAGUGUGUGAACUCCACGCCAACUGCACAUCCGGGAAACGCAAGAAGAGCUUCUUCUGCAAGCAGUGCUUAGUGUCCCUGUGUCAAGAAUGCAAAAAGGAUCACCGGACUUGCGACUCCCGAAACGCUUUGCAGAUCGUAAUCUCAGGCCGCCUUACUGCAGUCAAGGCGUGUGAAGCGGAGCGCCUCAUCGAUACGUCGGGGCUGGAGACGUUUACCAUCAACGGAGGCCCAAUCUUUUAUCUCCACGCCAGGCCCCGAGGAAUAGAGGUGCAAAACUCGGUACUAUGCCGCCACUGCAAGAGGGUGCUGCACGGAGCUCUCUACUGCUCGCUCUACUGCAAGCUCCAGUGUGAAGGGUUCGUCGCGCAUCAGCAGGCCCAAGUCGAUCAGGGUCAGGAGAAGAACAUUCCGCCACCUUUUGGCGAGGUCGCCCCAGAUGGUGAUGCACAACGAAUGCAACCGAGAAGUGAGCUCAACGAUCAUCAAGCCCGGGUCGUUAAGGUCAAGCCAAAGGAUCGACCUAGGGCUCCCAAGGCGAAAAAGGCUCCAUCCAACAGGAAACGAAAGCAGCCAGAGCAAAGCUCCAUUGAGCAAGUUUGUGCGAGGAGGAGAAUGGACGAAGCAGUACAUGUGUUUAGUGCCCCUUGUAAUACUGUCGAGCAUGACAAGCGUCAAGCUCCUGCUCUUCAAGGAUUUAGAAAGCGGGCAAGGAAAGGUAUCCCAACAAGGUCACCCAUGUUUUGA